CAAAUCAAUUUGCAUUCAUCACCUCUUGUCAAUUUCACCAACUCGCCCCAUUGAAGGAUUGCCAAGGACUGUCAAGAUGGCUAAUAUUUCCAGAUCUGUUAGCGCCCUGCUGCGGACUGGCAGAUUCGCUCUGCAAAGACCUAGAGGUGUCAACCCAAUCCGUCAUGCCCUUCUCCAGGACCGGACAGCCUUCAGAGGAAUGGCAACGGCUUUUGAGAGAUCGAAGCCCCACGUUAACGUCGGUACCAUCGGCCACGUCGAUCAUGGAAAGACUACUUUGACCGCUGCUAUUACCAAACGCCAAGCCGAGAAAGGGCUGGCAAACUUCCUGGAAUAUGGAGCUAUUGACAGAGCGCCUGAGGAGCGGAAGCGUGGAAUUACGAUUUCUACCUCCCAUAUCGAGUAUUCAACCGACAAAAGACAUUACGCGCACGUCGACUGUCCUGGCCACGCUGAUUACAUCAAGAACAUGAUUACGGGUGCCGCAAACAUGGAUGGUGCUAUUGUCGUUGUUGCUGCUGCUGACGGCCAAAUGCCUCAAACACGUGAGCAUUUGCUCCUUGCCCGACAGGUCGGUGUCCAAAAGAUCGUCGUUUUCGUGAACAAAGUCGACGCCCUUGAGGACAAGGAGAUGUUGGAGCUUGUCGAGUUAGAAAUGAGAGAGCUCUUAAACACCUACGGCUUCGAGGGUGAAGAGACACCCAUCAUCUUUGGUUCUGCCCUUUGCGCCAUGGAAGGCCGUGAGCCUGAGUUGGGAGAAAAGAAAAUUGAUGAAUUGCUGGAGGCUGUUGAUACUUGGAUCCCCACACCACAACGUGAUACCGAAAAACCUUUCUUGAUGUCCGUUGAGGAAGUAUUCUCUAUCUCCGGCCGUGGAACCGUUGCCUCCGGUCGUGUUGAGCGCGGUGUCCUCAAGAAGGAUUCAGAAGUCGAGCUAAUUGGGGGCGGCUCCACCCCCAUCAGGACGAAGGUAACUGAUAUCGAAACUUUCAAGAAAUCCUGUGACGAGUCUAGAGCUGGGGACAACUCCGGUCUUUUAUUGCGUGGUAUCAAGCGUGAAGAUAUCCGCCGUGGUAUGGUAGUUGCCGUUCCUGGCAGCGUCAAGGCCCACGACAAGUUCUUGGUGUCGAUGUAUGUCCUGACCGAAGCUGAGGGUGGUCGCCGAACCGGAUUCGGCCAGAACUAUCGUCCUCAAAUGUUCAUCCGCACAGCUGACGAAGCCGCCCAUCUCAGCUUCCCUAGUGGAGCAGAUGAAAGCAAACUCGUUAUGCCUGGUGACAACGUCGAGAUGAUCCUCCAGACACACCGCCCCGUGGCUGCUGAGGCCGGCCAGCGAUUCAACAUCCGUGAGGGAGGCCGCACUGUCGCGACCGGCCUUGUCACGCGUGUCUUGGAGGAAUAAUAGAGUGAGAAAUCUGCCCGGACAACAGCCAUUGGGGUUAGUUUUGUGAACUUUUUUACAAAGAUAUGUGUAUAUUCUUGUGGGAACAAAAUGGGAAGCGGGGCUAGCAAAAAGCCCAAACAUGUGUCUGGAGUCUUAUCUGUGUAUAAUUUUUUUUUUUGGUUCCUUCUCUUUUCGUUCCUGUUUCAUCCUGUGUUUCUAUUGGGUGCUCUUCUGUGGACCUGUGGUUUUGAUUUCGAUUUCUUUCUUCAAAAUUCCCCCUCUGCUGUACAACAGAAAUGCGCCCCCUCUCGACUCCCAUCUAGACCGAUCAAAAACAAUAUGAUUAAUCCUCCCUGAAAUC